AUGCAUUUGGAAAAAGGAAAUACAUCAUCCCAAGGUGGCCUUGGGAACACCACUCCAAUGGCUCUUAUCACUGCUGCAGGGGAAUCCUCUUCUCCAAUCUCACCGACGAUGGGGAACAAUCUCUUCCUAGGUCAGAGAUCCAUAACGGAUACUGACAUCUUUCCUCACGCAUCACCCUCCUUGCAACAAAAGCUUUGUUCCCCAAGGAGGCUCGAGGAUGACUUGGAAGAUGUGACUGCGACGGUGCAGUACUCCCUGGAUCUUAACGUGGGAGCAAAACCUAGGGGAGACACCCCUCCUCAGCUGAACAAAGGGACUUGGCUCAUCUGCUUGGGCCCAGAAGAAGAGGUGGGCUUCGUGGGUCAGACAUACAACUAUGGAAGCCCGCAAUAUAUGGAGGAGCAUCAACCAUUAACCAUUGUCCAAGAAGCCCAACUGAACUAUGAAAGGGCGCUUGGACGGGCUGGAAAGAAGAGAAAACAGGAGUGGCUUCUCAAUCUGGCAGGAGGCCCUAGUGGAGAGUUUCUCCAUACUAACUUGUCCAAACCUUUUAUGUUUAGCCCAGGUAUAGAAGGCAACACAUCGGGGGAUAAAAGGAAAAAGAUUGGAGCCAAGAAGAGAAUGAUGGAAGGGGUUUCAACUGAAACUCAUAGAGCAGGGGAAGAGAACUACUCCUCCUCUCAGGCAGCGGUGGGAAGCCUCAACCCACCUAAUCCGGAAUGA